AUGAGUACCGGCGAAGAGCAAAAGGUGUCAACUUAUGGGUUAGCAUGUGGCUCUACUGAAUUGGGGAAAACACGAAACAUAUUUUUAGCGGUGUCGGCUGGCUGUGUUUACGCGAUUAUCGUGCGUCGUAAUACGUCAAAAUGUCUGUUAGAUGAAUUACGUGUCUUAAUUUAUAAGAAGCGUACUUAUAUCAUCCCUUUGAUAUACAUGAUAUCCUCGAUCAUCAUAGGAUGGACUUAUUUUGAUCUCAUUGGAGUAAGUUAUAAACGAACAAGAGCAAUGUUUUUAUAUCCUGGAACUGAAGAUUUUUGGUGUCCGAGUCAUCGUAAAGACAAUUGUAAAAGCCUUCCCCCUAUGAUUAAUGAGCAUUACUUGAUUGCAUUAAUUCACACUACAAUUCUCGGGAUUUGGUAUGGAUUUGAUUUCUUGUUACGUAAAAGAUACAUGUUAUCAUUUCAUAUAAUUGAGCCAAGAUAUCCUUUUUCUUUAGCGAAAGAACUUAUGAUAUUUUGGAACCGUAAAUAUGAAAUUUUUAUAUGGAGUACUCUAAUGACGGCGUUGUCUUUUUCGAUAAUAUCUUGGUUCAUUAAACUUUUUAUCUGGAAUACAAUCUAUGAGUUGUUACCUAAUCUUAUCUUUUUACAUAAUACCGCAGUUUAUCAUUGGAUGCGCGCUUCUUGGUUUGAUGUGCAGCUAUUUAAUAGAACGGUUCAAUUGGCAUUUUUGGAAUUAUGGCAUAUUGCAAAGUUCGAUCAGUAUAGGCGUAGUGCUAUAUAUACAGAUUUCAACCGUAAACAAGCAUUUAGUUGUAUCAAGCAUAAUAAUCCCACUGACGCGUGGACAGAAAUUUCGCGCUCAUGUAUGGAUUUGAUCUUUGGGCUUGCAAAUUCAGCACAAGACGAAAUCAAAGAGCAACAAACAAGGAAAUCGUUGGUGAGAAAAAAGUAUGACAUGUUCAGAAACAUGGAAAAAGAUGCAUUAAAAGAAAAGGAACGUAAAAGAGUUGGUCAUAAAAAUCUUGAGGUCAAGAUGACAGCCGAGACAAUGACUAAAGAUCGGGAUUAUUGGGAAAUGAAAUUAUUAGAGUGGUUCCAUCCAGUGAAAGUUCCUUUUCUCAAAAGAUCAAUUGAAAGAAGAACGAAAAUUGUUUUUAAAGAUUUAAAUAUCACAAUAUGUGCUAUACAAGCAUUAACGGCUUUAACGGUUAAAUCAUUGAAUGAAGAUAAACAUGGGAUUGUUCAGAAUGAUACCGCCAGUGUCUUUGAGGCAAUGUUAGAUUGUUUAAUUUCUCUCGAACGAUAUUCUAAUGAACCACCUUUGGAUGAGUGGGAUGUUGGAGACCCAUUUGCAUUUACGUACUCUAGUGUUUUGUCUGAUCCGUUAAUUGUCAUAAACG